CUGUAUUUCUAGCCCUGCUUACAGGGAAUCACACACUUUAAUACACUUGCUCUGACAGGAUCUUGUUUGUGGCAGGAAAUGAGAUCAAGUGGUGAGAUAUGUAUAGCUCUGAAGGGGAGACGACGUCAAGGGCUCAGUUCAGAAGAUGAGGCUCGCUUGGCUGUUGUUUGGGUGUCUGAUCUCAGUCUGCCUCUCCCACAAGGUGGCGCUGCAGGCUGGAACUUCGCUGUCAGUGCGCUGUCACUACAAGGGGUUUGGGCAGCAGUGGGCCAAGGUGUGGUGCAGACAAAGCUCCCCGCAAUACUGCAGCGUCGUGGCUGCCACAGACCAGCCUGACCACGAAGGGAGGCAGCAGAUUCAAGACAACGUGACUCACGGCUUCAUCACCAUCACCAUGAGUGACCUGCAGAGUAGCGACUCAGGAGUCUACUACUGCGGGGUGCACUGCAAGAGGCAGGCCUACCUGCUGGGGGCGAUAGAGAUACAGGUGUCAAAAGAGUCCAUGACUCAGAGACGUGUCUCUUAUCCACUGACCACCACCUCCGUGAGAAGGACCUCCAUCACCACCCUGUCCAUCCCCAGAGCCAUCAAGCCUGAGGAGAACCUAAAUGCUCUGCAGGACAGGGAGACGAACCUGAGCUAUUCUGCAUUGGCCACCCUCCUCGCCUGUCUGCUGCUGGUUUCGUUGGCAGUCUUUAUUAAAGGGAGAAUGCGCUACAAGACUGAUCUGAUAAGGCUUAAAAAAACAUCUUUUGUCGUGGCCAGAUUUGCCCGUCCUAAAAAACAGGAAAAUGUGUAUGGAGCAACACCCCGCCGAGAUCAAGUGACCUUCUACAGCGUUAAACCCAGAGAACAGCCAGAGAACCUGCAAUCUUCCCAGAGUCAGUCUUUCAACAUUCCUGGAGGACCUUUCAACAUUCCCAAGGUAGAAGAUACUGUAGAGUACACAACAGUGCAUUUCUCUGGAGAGACUGGGCAGGGAGAGCGGAAUGUCGGGGCUCCUGAAGACUACACCAUAGUGGAGUGGAGAGAGGGAGCUGGGUCAGUCAGCUUUCACAGCACCCCUCAGAACCCCGAGGCUGUAGUUUAUUCCAGGGUUUUUUAGGGACAACGCAUUCUGCAUUGAGUCGAUCUUUUAAUAUGAACAGCUCUGCAUCGUCAUUGACAUGCUUACUAAUAUAUUAAUUCCUGUGUUUCAGCUUGAUAAUGGUUAGUAACAAAAUACACAAGCUUUGUAGUAGGAAUAACAAAUGCGUAUGUAUUGCAGAUUAUGAGUUUUGUUAAGGUAUCAAUUAUUUAUUGAAAUAAUAAAUCAUUAUACCCAAGUCUUAUACACAGUAGAAAUGCCUAGGGCUUUGAUGCCAAAAUAUGGUACUGAUCCAAAAGGAGGAAGGAGGCUGAAACCGCAUUAAAAGCUGCAUUAAACUGUAGAAAUAUGUGCUUAAUCCUUCAGGAGCAUAAUUGUGUCUAAUCUACAAAAAAUGAUAUAUCAUAAGGAUUAAUGGCUAGGAGUCACAGGCAUGCACUUGGAAUGUUCUAUCAAUGCGUGCUGUGUCGGUUUUCAGAGUGAUUAUGAAGGAUUGUGCACAGAAUUCUACAUUAUAAUGUACAGCAGCUUUAAUGAAGGUGUUAAGAAUUGUAUUCAAUUCAAACAAAGCAUUGGGGUGCAAAGGGCAUCUCCAAUUUAAAACAGUUUGAAAAGCACGCUUUUUUCUAGCAGCAAAAGAAAUAUAAUUUGCUGAAAGCGCGCUCCUGCACUCUCUCUCUCUCAUAAAGCAUGCCUUUAACGUGGCGUUAAUUAAUUUUCAACCAUCUGGGGUUCUUAAUUCAAAUGAAAAGAACCCAGUUAAUUGCAAAAGGAAGAUUUGGGCGCCUUUAUUUGAUCAUAAAGCAAUAAUGUGCACGUUUCUGAAAAGUCUUCCCGGGAAUUAGAAAAUAUUUUAUGACGUUUUACCAUUGUAAUAUAUUCUAAUUAGCACGUCUGUUUUGCAGUGUUCAUUUGUUCGCUUUUUGUUGAUGGCUGAAAUUUGGUAUUUACUGAGGCGUUUUUUUUGUUGUUGUUCUUUAAUAAUGUCUGAGAACUGUGUUUAUCAAGUUCUGAUGUGUUGAGGCAUCCUGUGAUCUGUUCAAAUUGAAUAACAGCACAUCUGGGAUCCACAGUGUGUGCUGUACCUCUGUUACAACGAAAUACAUUAAACUGCACCACGGAGCACCACUGAGUGAACACAGCACCAGCAUGAACACUGUUUUCAUUUAGUUUUCUUUCAGGUUGUUUCAUUUUACAAGAUACAUAAUUACAUAAUGUACAACAUACAAUAAUACAUAGACAACAAGACUCAAUCCUAUGAUGACUGAAGGUUUAAAUACAGAGGAAUAGUAGAUUGUUACAUCAUUAACUCAAUGACAUCACAAACACAUUCAUAGAUUUGAAUAGAAAUAAAAGGGUGUAUUUACUGUGGCAUCAAAAACCUAUAAGUACCUCCACUGUUUGUUUUCAAACACACUUUCCCUUGACAAAGGUAUGUUAAAAAUAUCGAAACGUUGGGAAGUUGAUCUUUCGAGCAAAAGCUUAUAUAUAUAUAAUCAAUACAGUGAAGUGUUUCGCAUUUGUUGUGUUUUUAAAUAUUGAAGAAUAAACCAUUGU